CCGGCGCCCGCCGCUCACGUGAUACGGUCUCCAUCGUCGCCAUCUUGAAGCGGUGGCCAGGGGUGAGGAAAGAAAAUUUUUUGGUUUUUUCAUUAAAAAGAACCCAGGUAUUAUGGAAGAAGGAAGCAGCGUUGCAGUAUUGAUGCCAAAUAUUGGGGAACAGGAAGCUGUGCUGAUUUCGGAAACACUGAUUGGCCCAACACUGCAGAACAGCGAAGAUCAGAGAAAAUGUAAAACCGAUCCUCUAAUCCAUGUUAUCCAGAAACUAAGCAAAAUAGUUGAGAGUGAAAAGUCACAAAGAUGCCUUUUAAUAGGGAAAAAGCGUUCCCAUCCUAAUGCUUCUGCCCAGUCCUUUGAUGCAGACGAUCUUUGUGAAAUCCCUGCUAAAGCAAUUGAGCUAUCUGUUAUUGCUACUAAAAAGACUGAAGAGUUACAAGCAGAUUAUUUUGUGACUGAAUGUCUUCCACAAAGCAAAAAAAAGGUGACAUGCUACCAGUGUAGCCUAUGUAAGUUUCUAUCACCUUCUCUCUUAACACUACAAGAACAUAUAAAGCAACAUGGGCAGAAAAAUGAAGUGAUAUUGAUGUGCUCAGAAUGUCAUUUUGCUUCGAAAAGCCAAGAAGAACUUGAAUCCCACUUCCAAAAUCACCAUGAGAAUGACAGUAAAAAUAGCAUCCAGACAAAAGUGCAGCAAUGCGUAAAUGUCGCUCGUUCAUUUUUGCAAGGGCCAGUGGAAGGAAGUGUCAAAUCAGGGACUGAUCAGACAGGAAAUCUGGAAUGUAAAGAUAUAACUACUACUCAUGUGCCUGAAAUGGGCAGGAGAAAAUGGUAUACUUAUGAGCAGUAUGGCAUGUACCGGUGUUUAAUUUGUCGGUACACCUGUGGUCAGCAAAGAAUGUUGAAAACGCACGCUUGGAAGCAUGCGGGUGAGGUUGAUUGCUCCUAUCCUAUAUUUGAGGAAGAAAAUGAAACUACCAACUUGUCAGACAUGGUUGUAACUCACACACCUCAGAGCGUGGAUACAGUUGUUCUUUCUUUGGAAAACAAUGAACUUGAUAUCCAUAGUGAACCUUCUCUUCAGCUUCAGAUUUGCAAUUCUGAGCAACUGUCAUGCAAAUCGCCAUUAGGAACAAAUGUAAAAGAGGAAGAGAUGUUAAAUCAGUCUGUAGUGCAUUCUCCUACUGCAGAGGUUUUGGAGGAGACUGUAUCAGAUACAGAACAGGAUAAUAUGAUGGCUGAUAGCCUGCUUUCAUCAGCACAGAAAAUCAUUAAUUGUAGUCCAAAUAAAAAGGGUCACGUUAAUGUAAUAGUAGAGCGUUUGCCAGGUGCUGAAGAAAGUGUCUUACAAAAGCCUUUCUUGAUGAACACUGACAUUGAAACAGAAAAAAAAUUAAUUUCGGAGGAGUCCCGUGUUACCUGUGAAGAACCUGAUGAAGUUUAUAAUUCAGAUGACAUCCAAGAAGUAAUAAUAGGAUGGAAUAAUGCUGAGAAGAAAGAUAAUGAAUUAAGCUCUAAUAAAAGCAUAACAACUGAUGAAAAUGCACCUCCUGUACGAAGAAGGACAAAUUCAGAGUCUUUACGACUACACUCAUUAGCUGCAGAAGCUCUUGUUACAAUGCCUAUCAGAGCUGCAGAACUAACAAGGUCUAGCUUCAGGACUCUGACUGGGGAGGACGCUGUGGAUGCAGGUGCAGCGCAGGGAGAAGCUGAUGGCCCAUGCAUGGCUCAUUCUAAAGUGGUGUCCUCACUUAAGAAUCCUUCGGAGGAGUUUAGUGGCUUAAACCAAAGUGAAUGUGCAAUAGUCGAGAUACAGAAAGAAAGGCCAGAGUUAUCAGAAGCACCAAUUAAAAUGGGCAUCAGUAUGUCACUGCUCACUGUCAUUGAAAAACUGAAGGAGAGGACGGAUCAGAACGCUUCUGAUGAUGACAUUUUGAAAGAACUACAAGACAACGCACAAUGCCAAAAUGCAAAUGAUGCAAAUAUUCCUGGGAGUAACCUCGUAGAAUAUAUACCUAACGUAGAUCGACCCUACCGCUGUCGCCUCUGCCAUUAUAGCAGUGGUAAUAAGGGGUACAUAAAACAACACUUGAGAGUCCAUCGUCAGAGGCAGCCCUACCAGUGUCCUAUCUGUGAACACAUCGCUGACGACAGUAAGGAUUUAGAGAGCCACAUGAUCAACCACUGCAAAACAAGAAUGUAUCAGUGCAAGCAAUGUGAAGAAUCCUUUCACUAUAAGAGCCAACUGCGAAAUCAUGAAAGAGAACAACACAGUCUUCCAGAUAUCUUUUCAACAGCUACAUCUAACAAACUAAUAGUUUCCAAUGGAGUAGACGAAAGAGAAGGAAGUAAGUCUUCAGUUCAGAAACUGUAUAGAUGUGAUGUAUGUGACUACACAAGCACAACUUAUGUUGGUGUACGAAAUCACAGACGAAUUCAUAACUCCGAUAAGCCAUAUAGAUGUCGAGUAUGUGACUUCGCCACCACAAACAUGAAUAGCUUGAAAUGCCAUAUGAGGCGCCACCCCCAGGAGCAUCAGGCAGUGCAGCUAAUGGAACAGUACAAAUGUUCUCUCUGUGGAUAUGUAUGUAGCCAUCCUCCAUCCCUGAAGUCCCACAUGUGGAAGCAUGCAAGUGACCAAAAUUAUAACUAUGAGCAAGUGAACAAGGCUAUUAAUGAUGCAAUUUCACAAAGCAGCAGGUUUCAAGGACAGCUUCCUGACAAAACCUUAUUAGAAGGCACAGAUGAAAGUACAGUAUCUAUACUAGGAAGUUCAGACAACUUGGUGUCUUUUACAGAGUCCAUUAACCAGACUACAAAUGAAAUUUCAGGUUCUGAUGAAAAUGAGAAACCUAACUUGAUGAAUACCUCAUGCAGUUUAGAAAAGAACUCCACUCUACCCCAUCUUGGCACAGAAUACUGUGUUCUUCUCUUCUGCUGCUGCAUUUGUGGUUUUGAGUCUACCAACAAAGAAAAUCUGCUCGAUCAUAUGAAAGAACAUGAGGGUGAAAUCAUAAACAUCAUUCUAAAUAAGGACCACAGCACAACUCAGAGCACAAACUAGGUGAAGCAGUAAGUAAAAGAGAGUGUUUCCUAGAGUGAAUAUUUUCUUUCUUUGCUAAAUUUUGCCUGAGAAACUUGCUAAAGAGAAGAAUUGCAAGCGAAACGUGAUUUCCCAUCCUGAGUCCUUGUUUCAGUAGGAGUAUAAUAUUUAACCAGGGACCGAUGAAUCAUUUAGGAGAUGAAUAUAAGAAGUGGAGAAUAGAACGAUCCAUUUUAACCUGUUUCUUUAUAUGGUGCCAAGAAUGUAGGAUUGCUGGGGUUUUUUUCUUUUAUUGUCAGGUACUAGUCAGUAAUAAUGCAUUCGUACAGUAUGUUAAAACCCAAAGGUAUGAAAGCUUUGUAUCAAUUGAAAAGCCUUUUUUCUUCCUCCCUCCUAUUUUCCAUGUAUUUCAGCAAAGAACAUUUUUACCCUCUUUUUUGAAACUAGCAACAGAACAGAUAAAAAUUUUACAAUAUGAUCUCAUAGACUCCACUGCCUGGAUUCUGGAAGGUAGGGAGAAGGGAGGUGGGUGAGGGCACACGUGUGCUUGCACACACACAUAGGUGUUUCAUUUUCCCCAAUCUAUUUUUAAGGUCUUCCAAGCUCAAGUCAUCCUUUGACAAAGACUGCUAUCCUUUUUAUCAGUUUAGACCAGCAGGAGCUGAGGAGCCUAGAAGCAUUUUGCUAAUAACUAUUUGAUUGGAUCCUAAGUAAAAAAACUGCUAUCUUUUGAACUGGUAGUGUGUAAAAGAUCCUUUAUAAUAAUGAGCUGCUGUUUCUUAAUGGUUUUCUUGACACAUUCAGCAGAACUAUUUAAAAAAAAAAGCUUAUCAUAUGU